AUGACGGUAGAUGGCGUUUGUUACUCGAUGAACUUAAUUUCGCCUGAAGAGAUGUUUAUUGAAAAGGAUCAUGUUCAGUAUAAUGCUAAAGGAGUUCAAAUGAAAGGAUGGAAAAAUGGAUUCGAGAGUUAUGUUGAUAAAGAGACUUAUCCAGCUCGAGAAUUAUCAAAUGAAGGGAUGAAAAUUCGACUUCGGAUGAAUUUAAAGGAUUUACCAAACUCUAAAGAAAAUUUUUUGAACUUAAUUUAUGGAUUGCAUGGUUUUUACAUCAUCGUUGGAAAUCCUCAAGAUUAUCCUCGUUCAAAAGAAAAUCGAGUUUUUAUUCCAACGAAUUCUCGUUACACUCUGAAAGUCACUCCAGAAAUGAUUUCAGCUGAUGAAACUUUGAAAAAAUAUCCUCUGAAGAAACGUGGUUGUCUAAUACAAGAUUCCGAACUAAACCGCCUUAAAAUUUUCAAGAGAUACUCCUUGAGCAAUUGCUUCUUGGAAUGCUCUGCCAAAUUCUCGAUCAAAAGAUGCAAUUGUUAUCAAUUUUUUAUGCCAGGUUACACGAACGAAACUUGUGGUUCAGAUCCUUAUCACAACUCAUUUUGUUAUGAAAGCGCGGCAAAUGCUGAAAUCGAAAGAUCCAUGAUCGAAGUUCAAAAUCAAAACUUCAGCAAUUAUUGCAAUUGUACGCCGGCAUGUUCGUCUCUUGCUUAUACAGUUUUUCCAACAUUUUUGGGUACUUUUAAUAUUUCAGAUGAGACUUUUCAAUUCAGUGAUGUUACAAUAAGAUUUGCAUCUUCGGAGUUUAUUCCGAAAAUUCGUCGGGAGUCAAGUAGUGACUUGGAUAUGUUGGCAGCAAUUGGAGGAGCGUUGGGAUUUUUUAUUGGAGCUUCAGUCAUUAGCAUAAUUGAGUUCGUUUAUUACUUUUCGAUUAAAAUUUUGGUAGAAAUUGUAUUUGGAAAGGAUAAUAGAUAA